GUCAAAAUAAAAUUAAAAAGGAAAAAGGGAAACUGAAAGCUUUUAGCAGCAAAAUAUUCCUAAAAUGAAACCAAAUUCCGCCAUGUUAAACUCCACGACAUAAUCCCCAAUCCAUUUUCCCAUCCGUCUCUAAUUUUCCCGCAUUUUCUCGGGCUUUCUCUCAAUUUUCUCUCUCUUCUGGCGAGAUUGGAUCUGAGUGCUCUGAUAUAUAUUUUUUUACUCCAACACCACUUAGUCCCUUCAAAACGGAAGAGAAAAACAAACCCCAAUUUCUUAACUUGCGAGGGUUUUCCACUUAGGGUUUCUUCUUCUUCUUCUUCUUGAAUCUAGGAUUAUAAGAAUCUUUGAUUUUGAGUAAUUCGUGAUAUUUACGUCUUUGGGUUGCUUUUGUUUUUCUGGAGGGGUUUUAUAUUGUUAACUUUUUGGAGUUCGGGGUAGAUUAUAAAAGGGGAAUUCUCAAUAGCCAAUGCCAUAUUUCAUAUUUGGAUAGUUGGUAUUUGAAAGGUCUAUUUUCUGCUUAGGUUUUUUUUGGAGAGACCGAAAAAAAAAAGGUGAUCAAUGUCGUGGGCAGGCCCUGAAGAUAUCUACCUUUCUACUUCUCUUGCCAGUUAUCUUGACAGAACACUUUUAGUGCUGCUGCGAGAUGGUCGGAAGCUUAUGGGAACAUUACGUUCAUUUGACCAAUUUGCCAAUGCUGUUCUUGAGGGUGCUUGUGAAAGAGUUAUAGUUGGAAAUCUUUACUGUGACAUCCCUUUAGGUCUAUAUGUAAUCCGUGGGGAGAAUGUUGUCUUGAUUGGUGAACUGGAUUUGGAGAGAGAGGAUCUUCCUCCGCAUAUGACUCGUGUUUCUGUUGCAGAAAUAAGAAGGGCACAGAAAGCAGAAAGGGAGGCAACGGAUCUCAAAGGUACAAUGAGGAAAAGAAUGGAGUUUCUUGAUUUGGACUAACGCAUGUUCCCUGCAUCCUGUUUUAGCAAUUCACAAGUAUUGGCAGUGUUUGGUGUAGUAGAUGUGUUAUGUAGGCUAGAAGAUCCUCCAUCUCCCUCUCAGCAUCCAGUUAUUGUAACAUUUGUGAACAAUGCUUCUGACUAGGCUUAGCCUCGAUUUGCUGGUGCCUUAGAUUUAGUUUUGAACACUAGUUGGAUA